GACUAUCUGCGCAUGUGUGUGGGAGAGAUAAAACCAAAGGAAAGCAUGCCGACCUCCACACUGAUAAAAGACGGAGCACCUAAACCAAGUUUAGCGACGAGCAUGGAGCUGUCGAAGCGCAAUCCGGCCUUCCAGGAUGUGGAAGGUAGCAAGCCCGUGGAGGACAUCAGCGCCGUGGAGCCAGAAGGCAAGUUGGCAGCGGACCCCCCCGAUGAGGAGUACACGCAAAUCAAGCCGUACGCCGGCAUGCCCAAGGAGGUGCUGCUGCUUUACUCGUCGAAGGCCCGCUACCGAGUCCCGCGAGAGGUCCUGUUCUGGCUGAUAGUGGCUUGCACGCUGACGCUGGUGGCCCUCACCAUCAGCGUGGUGGUGCUGUCGCCCCGCUGCCUCAGCUGGUGGCAGGUCUCCCCCAUCUACCAGGUGUACACCCGCUCCUUCAGGGACUCCGACGGGGAUGGAGUGGGAGACCUCAAAGGCAUUCGGGAGAAGUUGGCCCAUUUCGAGUACUUGAACAUCAAGUCGGUUUGGGUCAGCACCUUCUACCUCUCUCCCAUGAAGGACUCGGGCUACGACGUGGAAGAUUUCCGAGCCGUCGACCCGCUUUUCGGGACUAUGCAGGACUUUGAUGAGCUUUUGGCUGAGAUGCACAAAUUAGGUUUGAAGCUCAUCGUGGACUUUAUUCCCAAUCACACCAGUGACAAGCAUCGCUGGUUCAACCUGAGUCGUGCCAGAGAUCCGCACUACCACGACUACUACGUGUGGGCUGACUGCAAUGCGACAGGACCUAAACCCAACAACUGGGUGAGCGUCUUUGGGAACUCAUCGUGGACGUACGAUGCUGUUCGAGGGCAGUGUUACCUGCACCAGUUCCUCAAGGAACAACCUGACCUGAACUUCAGAAACCCUCUUGUCCGACAGGAGAUGCUUGAUAUCAUCCAAUUCUGGCUGGACAAGGGCGUGGACGGCUUCCGGAUGGAUGCGGUGAAGCACCUGCUUGAGGCCGCGCAUUUGAGGGACGAACCCCAGGUGGACCCCGACAAGCCACCUGAGUCCGUGACUUCCGAGCGGGACCUCCACCACGAUUUCACCACCACGCAGCUUGGCCUGCAUGAUCUGCUGAGGGAGUGGAGGGCUCACAUGGAGGUCUUCAGCCGGGAACCGGGCAGAUACAGGUUAAUGGUGAGCGAGUCGUACGAUAAGCCAGAGGUGGAAAAGACCAUGAUGUACUACGGGACAUCUCUGGUGAAAGAGAGCGACCUGCCCUUCAACUUGUACUUUCUGGACUUGCCUCUCAAUGCUAGUGGCCUGUGGGCCAGAUAUCUGGUGCAUCUCUGGAUGGCCAACAUGCCCAUCGGACGCUGGCCCAACUGGAUGGUCGGGAACCACAACACGCCUCGUGUGGCCUCGAGGGCGGGUCGGCACUACACACGGGUCAUCAACAUGCUCCUGCUGACGCUUCCCGGUACGCCGACCACAUAUUACGGCGAGGAGAUCGGCAUGGAGAGCAUCAACAUGACCGAGAGUGCCAUUAAUGAUCCGGCGAGCGGACGUAGUGCGCGUUCUCCGAUGCAGUGGAGCGGUGCCGCCAACGCGGGCUUCAGCGACAAGAGUAAUGUGACGUGGUUGCCCGUGCACCCCAAUUACAGCGACGUCAACGUGGAGGUCCAGCGGCGAGACGAAGACUCGGUGCUGUUUCAGUACCACCGUCUGAGCGAGCUUCGUCAGUCGGAGCUGCCCCUCCAACGGGGCUGGUUCUGCCACGUCCACGCUGACCGCAAUGUCUUGGCCUACCUGCGAGAGCUGGACGGGAUGGAGCGCGCCUUCCUCUUGGUGCUCAACGUGGGCCGCAGCUCGGCCGUCACUGACCUGUCGGCGGUGGCGGAGCUGCCCGAGCAGAUGCGAAUUCUGAUGAGCACCGACCGGGCCAAUGACGGAAAGGCGGUCAGCAAGACGGCGAUCGCUACGGAGGCGGGAGAGGGUUUGACCAUUGAGUUUUCGGCGCACGCUCGCUUUAAUGCCAACCACCCGAGCCAGUGUUACAUCUCGGAGAAGGCCUGUUAUUUAAGCGCCUUGGACAUUCUCUACACAUGCUAACGUGCAUAUUGUUUCUCAUCACAUGCGCAUGACGCAAAAAGAAAUCAACCCUGCAGUCACAUG